AUGUGGCGUCAAGGUGAAGUCCCGCAAGAUUUCAAGGACGCAACUAUCGUGCACCUUUACAAGCGCAAAGGGACUCGCCAAGUCUGCGACAACCACCGCGGCAUCUCCCUACUGAACAUCGCCGGGAAGAUCUUCGCUCGCAUCCUGCUCAACCGCCUCAAUAACUAUCUGGAACGGGGCCUUCUGCCGGAAAGUCAAUGCGGCUUUCGUCGUCAUCGUGGGACCACGGAUAUGAUCUUCGCCGCCCGCCAACUUCAGGAGAAGUGCCAGGAGAUGCGGACCCACCUGUACUCUACCUUCGUGGACCUGACGAAAGCCUUCGACACGGUGAAUCGUGAAGGACUGUGA